GCGUGCCUAGCUCCAUGGGCUAAUCACGGCAUUGCUCUACAUGCCUCUACAUAGCGUGCGUGGAUCUUCAAUGUGUAGGGGUCAAAGCACUGAGUGAUGGAGUGUGUUGGAUCAAUAGAGAUUGUAAAUACUAUAUAAAGGGCUCGGUUGAUCACUGGUUUUUUUCAUAACUGACUUGGGACUGGAGUUGCAACUUAUAUACCAGAUCAGUCAAUCGGUCACUAUAUUUGAAAUUUUCUACUUUUGAGUUUUUGAAGAAAAGCGAUUCAGAGAUGUUGCUUGCUACCGGACAGGCAGCUAUGGCACGCCUUGUGCCACAGUUUCAUACUUCUAUCAACUCGGCGACGAUCAUCCUCACAAUUCUCAUCCUCAUCAUUCUGAUCAUGGAGGAGUGUAGACGUCUCGUCAUCCGUCGUGGGGCCCCCAAGGGUGUCAGCAAGGCGCUCCCCGGCCCGUGGGGUGUGCCUGUACUCGGUAACAUCCUCCAGCUUGGUUCCGCUCCCCACGAGACCUUUAUGAAGAUGGCUGACAAGUACGGAGACGUGUUCCAGAUCCACAUCGGCAGUCGACCCGUGGUGGUGCUGAACGGUUACGACACCAUCCGACAGGCGCUGGUCAAGCAAGGCGUCGACUUCGCCGGCCGGCCUGACCUGACGUCCACCCGGUGUAUGAACACCAUCCUCGGUAGCACUCUGGCCUUCACGAGUUACAGCGAGGGAUGGAAGAUGCACCGUAAGAUCACCGAGUCGUCCGUACGGCACUUCACCUCGGGCAGGCAGCUCAGCUCAGUAGGGGCACGCAUCAGCAAAGAAGCACAAGCUCUGAUCGAUGUAUGGACUGUCCACUUCAACAAAGACAAUAAGGGUAAAGACACUAAGAAUGGACCCUUUGACAUACUGAAGCUAUCUGUGAGUAACGUCAUGUACUCGUACAUGUUCAGCAAGAGCCACUCACUGGACGAUCAGAAACUUCUGGACUUUGUUGCGAUGAGUGACAAUUUCUCCAAAGCCAUCGGCACGGGCAACCCGGCGGAUUUCAUGCCUUGGAUGAAGCCCUUCUCCAAGAAGAUUUUCGACAACUUCGAGAAGAUGAUGUACGACUACAAGAGUUGGUUCGGCGCGGACAUUACAAAGCACACCAAGGAGUACAAAUCCGAGUCCGAGUCGAACAUUCUGGAUUAUCUGAUCACCAUGAAUCGCCGGAUGGACCCCGAGGACAAGGAGCGUCUCCACCUCACAGAGGAGACGAUCGUAAACACCGUGUACGACGUCUUUGGAGCUGGAUUUGAGACGGUAUCCGCACUCCUCCAGUGGACUAUCGCGAUCAUGAUCAUGUACCCAGACGUCCAACGCGAGAUACAGAAGGAACUUGAUGAAGUAGUCGGGAGAGACCGUGUUCCUUGUGCGUCGGAUCGCAAGCAGUUGCCAAUCACCGAGUCCUGCUUGCUCGAGAUCAUCCGGAUCUCAUCCGUGGUUCCGAUGACCAUCCCCCACAGCACCACCAGAGACACGGAACUUAACGGUUACUUCAUUCCAAAGGACACGGUGGUAUUCGUUAACCUUCACUCGUUGAACUACGACAAGAAGACAUGGGACAAUCCGGGCGAGUUUCGCCCCCGUCGGUUCCUCCGUGAAGACGGCACCUCACUCGACCCUACCAAGACCAUCUCCGUGAUGCCGUUCGGGGCGGGUAAGCGCCGAUGUAUCGGGUCUGAACUGGCUCGAUUAGAGUUCUUUCUGUAUUCCUCUACCCUCUUGCAACAAUGUACAUUCGAAGCUAAUGGGGAUAAACCAUCAUUGAAGUCAAGCCCUGGUCUGGUGCAGAAACCAAGCCCAUUCAGCAUGACCGUAAGCAAACGGGAACUAAACAUCCCAACACCUUGAGACAAAAAUAUGAACUAUCAAAACAGAGUACUGGGGUUGUAAUUGUAUAAUUCAAUCUUGAAUGUAUAUGCACUUUGUGUACUAAUUGAUGAAGUUGCACUGACCGUUAUACGCAGUGGAUAAGUUUGAAGAAUUAAGACGGGUUUGUAAAUGGUCUUUCGUUGAAGACUUUCUGAUCGAUGUUGUACAUUGAUUUGAUUAACUGAUUGACUGAUCAACUAUUAUUAAUUAUUAUUAUGAUUGAUUUAGCAACAAUUGUCUACAGUUUUUCUUCGUUUGAAAGUUCAAAACAAGAAGAAAAGGUAUAUGAAAAGGCAUGUAUGCUUCGUUUUUUAAAUGUCAAGGGCA